UCACGAGCCACGAAGAUCACCCUUCAUUCUCGUUAGUCGUUUUAGGCCACCUUCCAAGAAUAGCUUCCAUCAAAACUAAUCGUCUCGGUAAUUUCCAACUUUAGUAUAUAUUUCCCUCCAUAAUUCUAGGUUUGUCUUUCUUUGGCUCCCUCUCUCUUUCUCAUGCUUCCUCGAAUCUCACCGGGCAUUCUCCAUCUCAACCAAGAAAGGGUUGACAAUUCUCAACCGAGUUAUUGACAAACUCAAGAGAGAAAUUCCUCAAUCUUUUUUGGUUACUGGGAUUUGUGGUUUUCGAUGGGGACGUAUCGGUCGGACGACGACUACGACUAUUUGUUCAAGGUAGUGCUGAUCGGGGACUCCGGCGUCGGCAAAUCGAACCUGCUGUCAAGGUUUUCGAGGAACGAGUUCAGCAUGGAAUCCAAAUCCACGAUCGGGGUCGAGUUCGGGACUCGUUGCAUUCGGGUCGAUGAUAAGGUUGUCAAGGCGCAGAUUUGGGACACUGCAGGCCAAGAAAGAUACCGUGCGAUCACAAGUGCGUAUUAUCGAGGCGCUGUGGGCGCUUUACUAGUCUAUGAUAUCACUCGGCACGUCACGUUCGAGAAUGUGGAGAGGUGGCUAAAGGAACUCCGAGACCACACUGAGGCCAACAUUGUGAUCAUGCUCGUUGGGAACAAGGCGGACCUGCGCCAUCUCCGUGCGGUCUCCCUCGAUGAUGCCAAAGCAUUUGCCGAGCAAGAGCACACCUUCUUCAUGGAGACAUCUGCGUUGGAGGCGCUCAAUGUCGAGAACGCCUUCACAGAAGUGUUGACUCAGAUCUACCGUGUGGUCAGCAGGAAGGCUCUCGACGUCGGCGACGACCCUGCAGCCCUGCCAAAGGGACAGACGAUCAACGUCGGGAACAGGGACGAUGUCUCGGCUGUCAAGAAGGCCGGUUGUUGCUCGUCAUGAGAAAUCAUGGGUCGGGUGCGAAAGUGCUUUGCUCUUCAUAGCAUUGUGUUUCCGCGCUUUGCUCUUCAUAGCAUUGUGUUUCCAAUAGAGGGAGCGACACUGAAAAUGGAUUUCAUCAGUCAUCAUGUACACAAAAAAAUUAGACACUCUUAUAGCAUAUUAAUGUUAGCUGAAUUGAUUGCAUUUAAAAACAAAUGAAAUUGGCAGAUACUUCAACCAAAAAAAAAAUAAAAAUGGCAGAUACUCUUUCCUCAUCGUUUGCUUCCUGUUUUUUUCCCUUUUGAACUUGUUCUGUUGGGUUUCUACACAUGUUUCUCAAAAGCAUUACCUAUUUUUCAUAAUCUAAGUAUGGUUCAUCAUCUGCAGUUACUAAAAGUAUCAUCAUGAUCAGUGAUUAUUCUAAGUGCAUUUAUAGGACACUUUGUUAUGUGUACAGCCUGAAUUAGCACUAGUUCUAUUAACUGAUAUAACAAAUUCUGAAGAUUGUCAGAAAUUAGUUUGUGAAGCCUGGAAUUCUGGCUAUUGCAGUGGAAAAACUUUGUUUGGAAUAAUAGAACAUGUCUAAGAGAUAUUAGCUAGUUGGAGUAUAACAAAAUUGUCUAAUACAAGACGUUCAGUGGAGGCCCUCAGUUCUGAGUUACAGCAAAUAAUAAAUAGCAAUGGAGUUAUGCAUGAUAGGAACUGGAAAGCUUAACUUAAUCUCGGAAGGAGAAAUGUGGCGCCAACAGGAAAUGUAUUGAGGCAUGAGGGCUUGAAUUGAUCCGUUGUGUUGGGAAAAGCUCUUCCACGCAAAUACCAUUCAAAGAAGACAGCAAAACAGGAUCUCGAUUCUCAGGACUCCUUAUGACAGUUGGUGCAGAGGACCCCAACAGAGAGAACAGAUGGCACUGCAGUAUUUCAGGAAGUUGUGCACUUCUAUAGGACGUUGCAUUUUCCUUCCAGUAAUUGAUCAUUGUCCUAUUUUGGUGACUCAGGACAUGAAAAGUUCCCUAACUCAAGCUGUCAACUUGGAAGAAGUGAAUAGGCUGUUUUUGAACUGAGAUCCCUUAAAGCACCUGGGCCUGAUGGAACGAAAGGUUUGUUUCAUAGAGAGAACUAGGAUGUGGUACUGAAAGAUGUUUUCAAGGAAGUACUGUAGUUCUUGAAUCAGGGACCCUCAAUCCUUUGUUAAACAGAACACAAAUUACUCUUGAUUCCUGAAGUCUCCAACCCUGAAAGGCUUGAUCCAUAUCGUCCUAUAGGCUUAUGCAGUUUUGCACACAAAGUUUUUGCAAAAGCGUUGGCCAAAAGCUCGAGCCCUGGCUUCCUGAAUUGAUUAGGCCCAAGCAAAGUGCUUUUGUGCAAGGGAGACAUGUACAAGAUAACAUCUUGUUAGAGCUAGAAAUACUUCAUCAAUCACGAGAAGAAAAAGGAGGAGAAUGUUCGGGGCUAUCUUGAAACUUGACAUUAAGAAAGCCUAUGACAGGAUAGAGUGGGAUUUCCUUGAAGCGUGUUUAAAGAAAAUAAGUUUUGUGGAAAUUUGGGUGAAUUGGAUAACAUAACGUGUGAAGACUAUUACUUUCGAUGUUAAGCUAAACGGGGGGCCCUUGC